AUGCGGUCGAGGCAGCCUGAUCUCUGGGCGGCCGAGUACAUUACCUUUGCAGCUGCGACUAUCUUCCUUAUCCUGCGCAUUGUCAGCCGAAGAAUUACGGGGAUCCGAUUCUGGUGGGAUGAUUACUUUGCCUGUGCGAGUUAUGUCACCGCUGUUUGCUGGGGCAUUGUGUUGCCUAUCUGGAUUCACCAUGGCUUCGGAUUGCACGCGAAGGAUGUAGAGGGCAUGACCUUUACGGAAGCCAAUUACACAACCAAGAAAUAUCUUUUUAUAAUGGAACACUUCUACGCCUUCACCCUCUUCUUCGCAAAGAUCUCCAUCCUCUCCUUCUACUGGCGCAUGUUCCGUGUCGCAAACAUCCAGAUCUUCGUCUCAGUCUUGUUGAUCUGCUCCAUUCUCUGGAUUCUCACAUUCCUGACGACAUUCCACUGUUACCCCGUGCGAGCAUUCUGGGAUCCCACGGUAGAACAUUUUACUUGCGCCAUCAAGAGCAGUGACUUCUUCUUUGGUACUGUGCUUGCGCACGUUAUGAUCGACGUCGGCAUCUUGAUCCUGCCCAUCGUCCAAAUCCAGAAGCUUCAGCUCCCGACCCUGCAGAAGAUUGCGAUUAUCUUCAUGUUCAUGUUUGGUAUUCUGGUUUGCGUUGCUGGUCUCGUCAUUGUCAGUGUCUCGGCAUCAUUCGACAACAAGUCAGUCGACAUGACAUGGCAAUUGGCUCCUGUCAUUAUUUGGGCAUCAGUUGAGGUCAACUUGGUGACAGUAUCAACCUGUCUUCCCAUCAUCCGACCAGCCUGCCUCUAUCUCUUCACGUGCACGAACCCCGUAUCAUCGAUCAGAUCCGGAUCAAACAACUUCGGCAGCAACUAUGGUCGAAGUCAAACCAAGCACUCAAUUCGUCUUGGAACAAUAGGGAAGGACGAGUCAAGCUCCACACACGAGCUCGCCAGAAGCGACCCAAGCGGGAGCGAAUCUUUUAAUUCAGAAUUCGAGCACGAAGAUCAGCGACAUGGAAACAUUGCUACUGUGACUGGUCCCGGUAGCACAGCUAAUCUGGCGCAUCCAGCGAGUGUUGGGGGUAUCAUGGUCAAAAACGAAACUGUGGUGCAUGUGUCAAGGGCUAGGUCAUCGAGAUGA